ACUAGGAAAGGAAGAUACCUAACCUUCCCUACUAGACAGGCUUCAAGAACCCAUCAUCAUCAUCAAUUCUUUUAAUUUCUUCACUUAUUAAUGUCUUCCAUCUUGUUACUCUUUCACCCAAUUUGUUCUUCUUUUUUUAUUAUUACUAAAUAUAUCAAAUGCCUAAGCUGAAGAAACAUCAUGAUCCCCAGAAAACUAGUCUUUUCUGGUGGCUUGUCGCGAUUCUAUGCUCGAUUCUAACCAUAGCGGUAAUUAUUGUAGGCAUCAUCGUCUUCGUCGGCUACUUGGUUAUUCAUCCAAGAAUUCCGAUCAUCAGCGUAGUUAAUGCUCAUCUCGACCAUUUCCAGUACGACCUAGCGGGGAUACUUGUAACGCAAGUAACCAUAAUAGUCCGGUCGGAAAACGACAACACCAAAGCUCAUGCUAGCUUUUCGGGCAUGAAUCUUACGCUGUUUUUUGACGGAAUAGCGAUAGCCCAUUUAGUAGCGGGGGCGUAUGAAGUGCGGAAAAACGACACGAAAGAUUUUAACUAUGUCGCUACGUCAACUCCGAUACCGUUGGAUCCUUCACAAAUGAAAGAUAUAGAUGUGUUCUUGAAUGAAGACGAAGUUAGGUUCGAUUUAAAAGGAAAUGCAAGAGCAAGAUGGAGAGUUGGUCCUCUUGGUUCGGUUAGAUUUCAAUGUCAUUUGAAUUGUCAGCUCAAGUUUCAUAUAUCUAAUGGAACCUACAUUCCAAAGCGAUGCACAUCUAAGGCAAAAUAAUUAGUGAUUCAUUUCUUUCUUUUUUCCUUAAUUAUUUUAAAUAAAAUUUUACUUAGUAAA